CACAGACUUUUAACUUCACCACACCAGCCCCGGGCUUCAAUUGCGUUCAUAAUGGGUCACACGGCGGAGAAGCCGCACGAGUACGAGUUUCUCGGACCUCCUGGUGCAUUCCUGAUCAGCUUCGGCCUCCCCGUGUUCCUCUACAUUUUCAACUUCGCCUGCAACGAUGUUUCCGGCUGCCCUGCGCCCUCUCUCCUGCACCCCUCGACUCUGACGCUGGACCGGCUGAAGAAAGAGGUAGGAUGGCCUGAAGAGGGCGUCCUCGGCCUCGGAAGCUGGUACGCCAUGAAGUGGGUGCUGGCGUACUACCUGUUCAGCCUCGUGCUGUACCGUUUCCUGCCCGCCACCGAGGUCGAGGGAACCAAGCUGGCCAACGGCGGCCGGCUGAAGUACCGGUUUAAUGCUUUCGCCUCAAGCAUGUUCACCCUGGCCGUCUGCGCCGCCGGCACCUUCGCCCAGGGCGCAGACUUCCCCGUCUGGACCUUCAUCGCAGACAACUACCUCCAGAUCCUGACAGCCAACAUCCUGAUCUCCUUCGCGCUCGCCACAUUUGUCUACCUCCGCUCCUUCGCCAUCAAGCCCAACGACCCGCACCUCCGCCUCCUCGCCGCCGGCGGCCAGUCCAACAACCCCCUGUACGACUGGUUCAUCGGGCGCGAGCUGAACCCGCGCGUCUUGCUCCCGCUCAUCGGCGAAAUCGACAUCAAGGCCUGGUGCGAAGUCCACCCGGGCCUGCUCGGCUGGAUCCUGCUCAACUGCGCCUUCGUCGCCAAGCAGUUCCGCACAUUCGGCUUCGUCUCCGACGGCAUCGUCUUCGUCACGCUCGUGCAGGCGCUCUACGUCCUCGACAGCCAUUUCAUGGAGCCCGCUAUCCUGACCACCAUGGACCUCACCACCGACGGCUUCGGCACCAUGCUCGCGUUCGGCGACCUCGUCUGGGUGCCCUUCUUUUACUCCUCCCAGACUCGCUACCUCGCUACGCACCCGGUGUCGCUGGGUCCGUGGGGCCUCGCGGCUGUGGCCGUGCUGCUCGUUACCGGCUACUACGUUUUCCGCGCCAGCAAUGCGCAGAAGAACGCCUUCAGGCGCGACCCUAACGACCCCAAGGUCCGGCAUCUCAAGUUCAUUGAGACGAAGUCCGGCAGCCGCUUGCUGGUGUCGGGCUGGUGGGGCUUGGCCCGCCACAUGAACUACUUUGGCGACUGGCUGCAGGCGUGGCCGUAUUCCUUGCCGACCGGCAUCGCCGGGUAUGCUAUCCUGGGCGCUGGGGAGGGAGGGGAGGCUGCGUUCACGAUGAGGGAUGGCCGCGAGGUCGUCCCUGCUGCGGGGGGAUGGGGCAUGCUGUUCACGUAUAUGUACGUCGUGUAUUUUGCGAUUUUGCUGAUCCAUCGCGAUCGUAGGGACGAUCAGCAUUGCAAGGCGAAGUAUGGUGAGGAUUGGGAGAGGUAUAAGCGCAUUGUGAGGUACAGGAUUGUGCCGGGUGUAUAUUAGAUAGGUGAAUGAGUUGGGUUGAGGUUGAUUGAUGGGUAGAAGGGUCUGCGGAGGUGAUGGACAGAAAAUGUGGCCUUCUUUAUUGAGGUACGAGGGGGUUAAAGACUUUAAGAGCGUAAUGUUUAAGUAGAAUCUGCUUUCCCUUUGGGGAAGCUUAUUCGAACUACGAAAUCGUGAAAGAAGUACAUUAACGCUAUUGCCGCU